AAUGGAGUUUGUUUGGGCAUUUUCUCGAACACCUUGUCUCUCCGAUUCCGUACUUCCAUAGAGGAGAGAGAGAGAGAUGAAAUAUGAGUUCUAAUUCUACUUCCCCCUUGUCGCCGCAGCGUGAUCAUGGCGGCGGCGAACACAGUGACAACGGGAAGGAGAAAAGACCAAGAUUCUUUGACAACAUGACCAAGAAACUGUGCUGGGCCAGAGCCGAAGUUGUCCCUGGACGACACCCAGACCGGUGGCGCAAAGACGCCGCCGGCAACGUCGUCUGUAAGCGCUUCUGCAAUUGUCAGGGAUGUCUUUGCUUUGAAUACGAUCACAUUGUUCCCUACUCCAAAGGUGGUGAAUCAGUAGUUGAAAAUUGUCAGAUUCUUCAAACGAGAGUCAAUCGAUUCAAGGCGGAUAAGGAUCAUCUUGACAAGACUCAAUUGCGUGGUUACUCUUGUGAUAUCAAUUUCACUGAUAAGGAGCUCGACAUUAUGGAAAUGGCUGUAUAUGGUGACGUAAUUCGGCCAGGGAAUCAAUGUCGUUGCAGAAGCAUCGCGGAAUUGGUUGGAAAAAACAAGCCGAAAGACAAUACAGCUGCUUGUAAGUUGCCAUGAACCGAUGGCGUUCGGUGUCAUUUUCUUUCGUUUAUUUAUAUUUCUAUUUUGUGGGUUUCAUCUUUAUUUGAGAAUAAAGAUGGGAAAAACCAAACACAGGAUGUUCAUAAUUCGUUAUCUUGCCAUAAUGAAGAUACCGCAAAAAAAAAAAAAAAACAUUGAGUGCGGUUCUAGACCA